GACCCGCUUCCCGCUUCCCGGAGUCGCCAUCCCCGUCACUUGGCUUGGGCUCCUCCAUUUCUCCCCAAACCCUCCCACAAGCCUCGACGUCGUGCCUGCAAAUAUUUUUCUCGCUUGGGCACGCCUUGAGACAUCAGGGACAGAAAGCGGACGGAUACGCCGCGGUUCCACGAUUCUGCCUGAAGGCCCGUCGACACAUCACCAUAACAGACGAAGCACCAGACCGUCACCAUGUCUGCCGACGACCAGCAGUUCCUGGAUAUGCUGGCGAACAUCCCAGGCCAGAUUAGACAACACUCGGUCGUGGUAGCCGAGCACGUCGACAAGUAUGUCGACCUUGCCGCCGUCCAGGUUCGCGAUGCCCUCAACUCGACGACAUGGCUGCCAGACUCUGUCCGAUCCAGACUGCCCUCUUCGGCACCCCCGCCGCCGCCCGUCGUCAUCUACAACUCUACCUACGACCGGGUGCAGGACUGGUUCGCUCGCCACAAGCUCUUGACCAGUGUCGUUGUGGUUGCUGCUUCAUAUGCUACCUACAAGGCUGUCAAGCACACAAGAUCGUCCCGCAAGACGAGAAGAGCCAAGCGGGCACCCAACGGCGGCAGGCUUGAGGUCGUCGUCAUUGCUGGCUCGCCCACCUUACCCCUCACCAAGAGUCUGAGUCUGCAAAUGGAGAGAAAGGGGUUCAUCGUCUAUGUCGUGUGCACAAGCAUCGAGGACGAGGUCCUGGUGCAGAACUUGGGCCGCCCAGACAUCAAGCCCUUCGGCAUUGAUAUCACUGACCCGCCAAAUGCCGGUCAGAGCAUAGAACGCUUUGCCCAGUAUCUGCAGACACCUCACGCAGCUGUUCCGGGCGCCAAGCCAAACUACCUCACCCUCAAGGCAGUCCUCCUCAUCCCGUCGCUGACCUAUCAGACGAGCCCGAUCGCCACGAUCCCUCCUUCGAGCUUCGCCGACCUCUUCAACACUCACCUCCUCCACCCCAUCCUGACCAUCCAGUCAUUCCUGCCUCUCCUCACAUCACGACUGACACCUCCGGAGAAGCGCAAGGGUGGACAGCCAAGCACACCCAAAGUCCUCGUCUUCACCCCGAGCAUAAUAUCCAGCAUCAACCCGCCAUUCCACGCCCCCGAAGCUACAGUCUGCUCCGCACUCAGUGCCUUCACUGAAGUGCUCACUGCCGAGCUCCGGCCGCUCAGCAUCCCCGUCACCCAGUUCCAACUGGGUACCUUUGACUUCUCGGGUUUCACGCCGUCCCGCUCCACGCCUCAGAUUCAAGGGCAGCUGCCUCCCGCAGAGACUCUGCAGUGGCCAGAGGCCGCCCGGCACACAUACGGCCGUAACUACGUCUCACAGUCGGCGAGCGCCAUCUCGGCAGGCCGCGUACGUGGUAUGCGGGGCAGCUCGCUCCGGGAGCUCCACAACACCGUCUUUGACGUGGUCGACGGCUCCGAGCAUGCCGACGUCGUGCGUAUCGGCCUUGGUGCUGGCCUGUACGGCUUUGUCGGCCGUUGGGUGCCCCGCGGCCUCGUCAGCUGGAUGAUGGGCAUCCGGCGCAUCGACGAACUGAGUGCGUGGAACGACGAGUUCCACGCCAACUACACCCCGCCGGCGCUUGCUAGCGAGGGCGAGCUCGAGGAUGGUGCCGAGAGCGCCAGCGAGAACGACGACAUGCUUGGUGGGAUUGCCGGCAGCCGCUUCAUCAACGUGGCUCGGGAGGAGAAGUGGCGUGAGGCCAGCCCCAACGUGUGGGGCGAGGAUCCCAAGAGCCCGAAGGCGUAAAUCGGCAUGGCUUGAGUCCGCGGCUCGAACUCGUGGCCCAUGGACAAUCAGCUCCGGGCACCCUAGCCGUGGGCUAUAUAUUGGAUGCGCUCAGAGCAGCCCGGCAUCUUCCGCUUUUAACGACAUUUACAUAUUUGCAACGACAUCACGACUCAUCACAUAACGAAAUACUACAACAUUUGCAUGACUUGUUCAAAGCUUCAAU